AUGAUAGUAGAUGUACUAGACUUAGAGAAUGAUACUUCCUAUAAAGAAGAGACAAAACUAUUAAUUCAUUUUCCAUCUGAAAAAUUAUCAAAUAAUUUAGAUACAACAGUAUCCUCACAUUGUGUAACUAUAGAAGAUAGCAUAACAAUACUAGGAAAAAUCCAUAAAAUAAAUCUUUCUUUCCGAUCCAAAGACAAUAAAUGGAAACAGAUUGAGGUUAACAAUAUUUCAGUUCCUAAUAAACCUGAAUUUGCACAUAUAUUGUUAUUAGGUUUACUAUUGAUUCAGGCAAAUAUAUCAGAAAUAAAUUUCUCCAAUCAUAUUCUUAUACUGCUUGAUGGAACUGAUGUAUUAUUGGAUAUUUCAUGA